UUAAGUGCGCAUUGUCUCCAACCCGUAUGUUUUUUCUCGAAUUGGCCACUCUAUACUUUAGCUCACUAAUCAAUUAAUUUUACCCACACGCAUUUGCUAUCUUAUUACCAACGUUACCACCUUCCAGUAAGAGCUUUUUGUCACAUAUUCGUUCCCCUCCUGUUGCUGAGAUGUCUUGUACGACAAAGAUUUUCUUUGUUGGUACACUGAGCUUAUGUAUUCCAUUAAUAUGGAUUGGCAGUUUACUAAACCGAUCUACUCCGGUUAAUCACAAUUUUGUGGCAACUCGUGGCGCUAUGAGAGGGGAGGACAAAGUGAAUAUGACAGGGACCCGGACAGGGAUUGAUUCUCGUAAACCAUGCUAUAAAGUGGUUUAUACUUGGCUCGAUGAGCGUGACGAGUUCCAUGUCAAACUACUCUUCAAGAAGGUUGGUAGGUUUUCCUGUCCCGAUCUUUCUUGUGGCGUGCAAAUAGAGCAUGGACGAAACCUGACUGAACUCGCUGCAAGUGAUGUCGUCUUUCUCUUCUACAAACACAAGUGGGACUGGCAAGCAGUACUGAAGCAUCAGUCCGACAGGCAGAAAUGGGUAUUUUGGACAUCGGAGAGCCCACGGCACAUCCCUCCGCGUCGUAUCAUCCCUCCACAAGAAUAUUCAAAUAGAACAUAUGAUUACAUCAUGUCAUUUCGGAAAGGAGCAUCUAACGAAGACGCCUACCUAUCUGAGGGUGGAUAUGGUCAUUUUGAUAGAACAAGACCCUCUGUUCAGAAGGAUGAUAACAGGAAUUGGGCAGAAAAUAAAACAAAAUUAGUCGCUUGGGUAGCUUCAAACUGUUACACUGGAUCGCUGUCCUAUGAUCGUACAGGGUUUGUAAAUGCUUUGGCCCGUCAUAUUAGAGUUGAUACGUUCGGUCACUGUGGCUCGAGGCCCUGCAAAGACAUAGCUACCUGUGGUCUGCAAAAAUACAGGUUUUAUCUAGCCCUCGAAAAUUCGGAAUGCCAGGAUUAUAUCACCGAGAAAUUCUGGUACAAUUCACUCACACUUGGUCUGGUCCCCAUCGUGUUCGGAGCUCCGAAAGAAAACUAUCUGAGAGAAGCUCCGCCGAAUUCAUUUAUAUUCAUCCCAGACUUUCCAUCUAUAGCGAAACUUGCGGCCUACCUUGUCGAACUGAGUGAGAAUGAUGACCUGUAUAACAGAUACUUCCAGUGGAAGAAAGAAGGGUCAGUUGAAUCUUUUCUCCAGUAUUCUAACUUCGAACCUGAAUCCCUUUGCAGAAAUGUCGUUCGUCGAGUUUUAAAAGAUGAGCAGAUUGAAUCUGAUAAAAAAGAAAGGAAGCAUGUGAGGGAACCUGUGGUGGAUGACUGGGAUAAAUGGUGGACAAAGUCAUGCAAAUAUACUGUCACUGGAUAUCCUAUUCCUGAUAGUUAAGGAUCUUAUUUUUCCUUUAUUUAUUGCGAUUUUAUUUCUUCCACCUUCUUCAUUAAGUAGGAAGUUUGAAGGGGGAUUGAAACUUGGUUAAGGCCUAUUCUUUUGAGAAAAUAAGUUAAACAGUAAUACUAAUAAGUAUGAUACUUCCGUCUUAGAUAUCUAUUGAUGUUUGGAACUGAGAUGCCUAAUACUUUGAAUAUUCAAAUUUCAAAUAGUAAGAUCAACUUCAAAUCGUUAUGAUUUAUCAGAAGCGUUCUGUGUGGCCUAUUUGAAAUCACCAUUGGAACAUUGCAAAUAGGUUUGUUAGUCCAGAGCCUAGAACGAAAAUGCUGCUUUGAUUCACCAAUUUUUAAUGAAGACUUCCUGACUGUUCAUUGUAAUGAAAGACAUUUGACAAUAUAUUUUAUAUGUUCUUGAAUCCGUCGUGUGUUGUGGAGCGAAAACUUGCUAAUGUCCAAAGGUAAAGACGCCUUGCCGGAAAUCGACCACAGCUUUGCAUGAGAUCAGACGCCUUAGACCACUCGGCCACGGAACCCCAUACUUUACUCACACAAUUAAAAUCAUACAUUUCAUACCCACAACAUAAAGGAAUAUUUUAUUUUUCUGUCAUUGGCAUUCCUCUCAUAAUACCUAUAUACAACUGACUUUCAGAGAUUCAUAUUUUCAUAAAUUGAUCAUUCUUAAAGGGAAAAGUC